GACGCCCAAGUCCGAAUCAAGACGGUCACUCACCAACUCGAAGACGACGAAAAACGGAAUGCGAGCGUGCGGCGAUGGAGGAGUUGGAAGGCAAUCGCCAUCAGUCUAGUUCCAAUUCCUGCUGUCGCUUUCCUUUCCCAAAUCUCAUUCCAUUCCCUCGUGCUAUUCAAGCUUCUCCUGCUAUUCCUGUAACUAUUCCCAUUCCUAUUCCUACCUUUUGUUCAUCAACUACUGCCCCUUGGAAACUCUAAUAAAUGUUGGUGAAAUCCAAACCCCAUUUCCACCAACCCACGCAGCUCCCGAAGCCUCCCUCUCUCACACCACCACUCUCACCGCUUCGCAAUGCACGGCCCGGACCGCUGGCUCACCCGCCUGAUCGAAUCCGAUCCGUCCGAUUCGUUGCCCCUCCUCGGAGGCUUGUUCCUCGACCACCUCAAUGUUCCUGCUUCGUUUGUCAGGUUGAUCUCCCCGGAGAGUUUUUCGGGUUCGGGUUCGGGUUCUCGGAGCCUUAGACUUGAGGCUCCACGGCGAGGAAAGAGAGUCGGCGGCGCGUUUUUGUCGGUGAGCUUGUCGAUAAAGCGGGGCGAUCAUGGGGACAGUGGGUACGUUCGGGAAUCUGGGGAAGUGCUGGGGCAAAACGGGAAUAAGAGUAUGGAGGAAGAGGAGGAGGAGGCGGCGGCGGCGGCGGUGUUUAAGGAGGAAGAGAAGGUACGGAAUGUCAAGGCUGGGGGACCGUAUGCUAUGAACGUGACCAAGCAUCUCUGGGCUGGAGCUGUUUCUGCUAUGGUCUCAAGAACCUUUGUUGCCCCACUUGAGAGAUUAAAGCUGGAAUAUAUAGUUCGUGGUGAGCAGAAGAACCUUUUUGAGCUCAUCAAGACAAUUGCAGCCACUCAAGGGCUGAAAGGUUUUUGGAAAGGAAAUUUUGUCAAUAUUCUUCGCACUGCGCCCUUUAAGGCUAUCAAUUUCUAUGCAUAUGAUACAUACAGAAAUCAACUGAUGAAAUUGACGGGGAAUGAGGAAACCACGAAUUUUGAGAGGUUCAUUGCUGGUGCUGCAUCUGGAAUCACUGCUACCUUGCUCUGCAUACCGAUGGACACUAUCAGGACAAAGAUGGUAGCACCUGGUGGUGAAGCCUUGGGUGGUGUUAUCGGUACUUUCCGCCACAUGAUCCAAACAGAAGGAUUCUUUUCUCUUUACAAGGGCUUAGUACCCUCCAUCGUAAGCAUGGCCCCUUCGGGUGCGGUGUUCUAUGGUGUUUAUGAUAUGUUGAAAUCAGCAUAUCUGCAUUCGCCAGAAGGGAGAAGAAGAAUCCAAAACAUGAAACAAGGUGAGGAACUGAAUGCUUUGGAACAGCUGGAAUUGGGUCCGGGCAGAACAUUAUUGUAUGGGGCGAUUGCUGGUGCUUGUGCUGAAGCUGCUACAUAUCCAUUUGAAGUUGUGAGGAGGCAGCUCCAAAUGCAAGUGCGGGAAUCAAGGUUGAGUGCACUGGCAACUUGCAUCAAGAUUGUUGAGCAAGGAGGUGUUCCUGCUCUCUAUGCAGGAUUAGUUCCCAGCUUAUUGCAGGUUUUACCAUCAGCUGCCAUAAGUUAUUUUGUGUAUGAGUUCAUGAAGAUAGUUCUCAAGGUAGAGUCCACAUAGACAGCCUUCUCAAGUCCAUUGGAGAGCGCUAUACUUUGAUUAAAUGGAGCAGUUGAUGUUUUCAGUUGUCCUUCUGCUCAAGUAUAUUUCUUUUAAAAUUCAUUACUUAUAAAAAAAAAAAGUAUAUUUCUUUUAAAAUUCUCAUGUUACAUUUGAUAUCUACAAGUAGAACAACUGAAAAAAAUUAUUUAUAAAGGAAUAAGAAGGAAAGGAUGCUGGUGAAUGUCUUAGUGAUCUGUUAAACCAUAAUUUUACCCUCCAUUCUUUAUUUGAAGAUUCUCUUUAUUUCAAAUUUUGAUUGAACUUUUCAAAUUUUUUGUAAUGGCAAGGUAGUUUGUCAUCUUUAUUGACAUUAUGUAAUACCAACAGUGAUAUCAUAUUUAGGGUAAUCAAAAUA